AUGAAGUGCACACUUUGGAACAAUGAGCUAAUACCGACACACCUGCGAACUCAAACUCAGAUAAAGAAUGAUGAUAAACUGAUUCAAGCCGAGGGUGUGGAGUCACUUUCAGAGGCUGAACUUCGUGAGGAUUGUAGAGAGCGUGGCAUGCUUGGAUUACUUUCAGCAGAAGAAAUGCGCCAACAGCUUCGUGAUUGGUUAGAUUUAUCUCUGAAUCAUUCCGUACCAUCGUCGCUGUUGAUUCUUUCCAGAGCUUUCACUGUAUCUGGAAAAUUGAGGCCCGAGGAAGUUGUUGGAGCCACCCUAUCUUCACUUCCAGAUGAGGUUGUGGAUACUGUUGGAGUCACAGCCUUGCCAUCUGAAGAUUCCGUUUCAGAAAGGAGGAGGAAAUUGGAGUUCCUUGAAAUGCAAGAGGAAUUGAUCAAGGAAGAGGAAGAGAAAGACGAGGAAGAGCAAGCCAGGAAGAAGGAUUCUUUUGUUAGUCAAGAGGACGUGGCUUUGAAAGAGAUUACCGGUCCUACGGAAAGAGAAGCACAAGAGCAAGCUAGAGCAAGAGCAUUGGACAAACAGGAGCUGCUUUGUGAACUCAGUCGGGCCUUGGCUGUUUUAGCUUCUGCAUCUUCAGUCAGUAGGGAGCGUGAAGAGUUCCUGAGGCUUGUCAAUAAGGAGAUUGAACUGUAUAACAGCAUUGUAGAGAAAGAGGGGACAGUUGGUCAACAAGAGGCCAUGAAGGUAUAUAGAGCUGCCCGCGAGGGAAGUGAUGAUUCUAUUGAAGUGGCUGUAGGUGAUGAUGUUUCUUCAGCCCUCAUAGAUAGGGUUGAUGCUAUGCUUCAGAACCUUGAAAAGGAAAUUGAUGAUGUUGAUGCCAAAAUUGGUGACCGUUGGCGAGUGCUUGACAGUACUGGUUACAAAAUCGAGGGGCGCUCAGAUGGCUUAAUCGUGGCCUAUUGA